UCUCCCGUCUCCGUCUCCCUCGCUCUCCAAUGGCUUCCGCUUUGACUCACAGAGUCGCUUCUCUCUGCUCUCUCGGGACUUCUCGCUCUGUUCCUACGAGCCGAAAGCUAACCGAACCCUUCCAAUUCCGUCCCUGCAACUUCACCUUAACCCCAGUCAAAUGCGCUUCACUCUCCAUCUCAAAUCCCGCCGGCAGCUUCACUUGGGACGACGUCGAACACGUCUCUCAGCCGGAGUUCUCUUGGGACGACCGCUCGGACCUCGGCGGGUUCCGCGAGAGGAUCAAGCUCUGCAACCGUGGCAACGAAUUCGUAUCUGAGUUUCUGCCGUUCGUCGUCGGAGCUGAAGUUGUUGGUUACAUUCACAAUGGCUUUACUAAACACUUGAAGGACUUCGAGGAUGUGUUCGUUUUUCCUCGAGACGGUUCCUAUGAGAGUGGAUUCGGUUAUCAUGUAGGUUUGAGCCCGUCUCUGAGGACACCCGAGGACAAGACCAAAGCAGUUGCUCGAGUUGUGGAAUGCUUGGGUGAUGCUUUGAUUCCAGGUAUAAGGAACGAGCUGUACCCUGUAAAAUCAUCAUUUGGGUCUUCGAUAGUUUUCUCUCUCGAACGUGCCGCAGCCCCUUAUUUUGGCAUAAAGGCCUAUGGAGUACACAUGAAUGGCUAUGUGGAAAGAGAUGGUGAGAAACUUCUAUGGAUCGGAAAGAGAAGUCGUGAAAAAUCCACAUUUCCUGGGAUGCUUGAUCACCUUGUUGCGGGGGGACUGCCUCACGAUGUUGCUUGCGGGGAGAAUGUUAUGAAGGAAUGUGAAGAGGAAGCAGGAAUCCCCAGAACCAUUUCCAGCCGGUGGCUUACUGCAUUGCUAAUGUCUAUGAAUUAUGAAGUACAUUCUUUCUGUUGGUUAUUUACUGUUGCAUUUGCCCCAAAUCAAUUCAGGGCAAUUCCCGUUGGUGCUGUUUCCUACAUGGACAUAGACGGCUACAGAUUCAAGAGAGAUGUUUUGUUUUGUUACGAUCUGAAACUCCCAGAGGACUUCAUACCAAUUAAUCAAGAUGGAGAAGUGGAGAGCUUCAAGCUAGUCCCCGUGCCCCAGGUUGCGAAUAUCAUACGGAGGACUAACUUCUUCAAGUCCAAUUGCUCACUUGUUAUAAUUGACUUCCUGUUUCGACACGGCUACAUCAAACCGGAGUAUGAUGGGUACUUGGAUCUACUUUGGAGUUUGAAGUGUGGAGACUGCUCCUAGAUAUUACCUCUUCAGUGUCAUCUUUAUCCUUACUGUUUCUGUUAUGCGAAUGCUUCAAUUUUCGAAGUCGAGAUACGUCACAAGAAUAUAGAACCUGCUGGUUUGAUUGUUUGAACCAGCAUGGUGGAGGCUAGAAAUUAAAUGAAGGACGACAGUACAAGAUGCCGUGCUGAGUUCGGGUAA